AUGAUAUUUUUAUCUCCAUAUAUCAAAAAAACUAAUCAAUUGGUAAUGACAAUGCUUGGUUCCAGCUUUUUUAUAUCCAAAGUAGAGAAUUAUGUACCAAAGAAACCAAUCAAAUUUACAAGAUCAAUAAGAAAAUCCGAUUCAAAUAAGUCAGAAGUUACAACAAUAUCGGAGUUAAUACAAAAUCACAUACCAGAAUUCUCACCAAAUUAUUCAUUCUAUAUAAACCCAUUAUUUUCGUCAGGUCAUACUCAAACUGCUUAUACUGCAUUAAACAAUUUCGAUAAAUUUCAUCAAGUUCAUUACAAGAGACAAAUUUUACAAAUUGAAAAUAAAACUUAUAAUGUUGGGAAAGUUUCAUUAAAAUAUGAUCAAUGGGGCGGUGAAAGUACGAUUGCUUUAGAUUAUGCAAUAAGUCAAGAAACGUUCAAACAUGAUCCAGAUCAUUUAAAAUUUAAACCAGAAUCACAAAGUGAUACUUUACCUCCAAGAACUGAAUUCAAAGAUCCAGAAGAAGAUUUGAUAAAAAAUGAUGAUAAACCACUAUUACUUGUUUUGCAUGGAUUAUCAGGUGGAUCAUAUGAAGCAUAUAUAAGAGCAGUAUUAGAGAAAAUUAUAGAGCCACCAUAUGAUUUUGAUGCAAUUGUAAUAAACUCAAGAGGUUGUGCAAAACAUACAAUAACAUCACCACAAUUAUAUAAUGGUUUAUGGACAAAUGAUUUAAGAUACGUUAUUAAUGAAUUUAUAACUAAAAAAUAUCCAAAUAAAAGAAUUUACCUUAUGGGGUUCAGUCUUGGUGGUGCAAUUUUGGCAAAUUAUUUAGGUCAAGAAGGAAAUUCAGUAAAAUCACAAAUUAAAGGAGCAGCAAUGUUUGGUACACCUUGGGAUUUUCCAGAUGGAGCAGUACAUUUAAGAGAAAGUAUUAUUGGUCAUAACGUUUACUCACCAACAAUGUGUAAUAAUUUAUUAAAAUUGAUAAACAAUCAUAACAAUGUAAUGAUUGAAAAUGAAUUCAUAAAGGAAUUUAGUCAAGAUCCAACGAAAUAUAAAGUUAAGUUCUUAAAAGAUUUUGAUAAUUUUUUCACAAGUAAAUUAUUUGGUUUAAAUUCAGCAGAUGAAUAUUAUAGAUUAGCUUCCCCUAAUAAUAGAAUCUUAAAGAUCAGAGUCCCUAUUUUGAUAAUAAGUUCAAAAGAUGAUCCAAUUACUGGAUCAAGAUCAUUACCAUUUUCAGAAACUGUAUUGAAUCCAUACAUUACAAUGGUUACUACUACUGUUGGUGGUCAUUUGGGUUGGUUUACUUGGAAUGGAGAUAGAUGGUAUUGUAAACCUAUUUGUGAUUACUUUAAGCAAUUGAAUGAGUUGGAUGUUGAUGAGACAAGCAUUACAAAGGAAGAUUUACCUAUAGAUAUUUCAAAAAGUUGGAAAUACGAUAGAUUAGUCAAUGGUAUGUUGGCGGAGUAA